AAGGCCUGGUUAAAAUAUAUGAGUAGGUCAGUCGAUGAACAGGAGUUUUCGGAAUCUUAAUUGUACAAUUAGAUCAGAUUGAAAAAAACACAUUUCCUUACCGCAAUGAAUGUACCAGUAUAUUUCGCGUGCAAAUUUGCUUUCCUUUUGUGCCUAGGAACAGGAGUGAUGUCGCGACAAAUCGCUUUCGAUUCAGAGUUAGGAGGGCAGAACCCGUUGCUUUUUGUGAGAGCAGUGGAACAAUUCGUCUGUCCAGGAGUAGGAAAUUACCCUGUCCCUGGGCAGGAAUGCACGAAUGCUUACUACUCUUGUGGUCCUGAUUUAACCCCAGUUUUAUCGUAUUGUCCUGGAGCUUCUGUAUUUGAACCAACCACUCAGUUGUGUACAUCGUCAUCCAGUGCACCUUGCAAGAAAACAACAACAUCGACCACUACCACAUCGACAACAUCGACCACUACCACAUCGACAACAUUGACAGAAUCGACAUCGACAACUAUACAGCAAAUGACUGAACAGUCAUCUACGGAAUCUACACUUACAACACAAAAGCCAACCACGGAAUCGACACUUACAACACCAAAUUCAACGACGACAGCCACAACUGUUGUUACACAAAAGCCAACCGCGGAAUCGACAUUUACAACACCAAAGUCAACGACGACAGCCACAACUGUUACCAGCACGGGAACUACGCCCUUUACCUGCCCUGGAACAAAUGGAGUCUUUCCAAAUCCGACUAACUGCAAGACUUUUUACAUGUGCUCAAAUGGAAUACCUUAUCUUUACGACUGUCCAAGUAAUCUAGUAUUCAACGCAGCUACGGGAAAUUGUGAUUAUGAAGUAAACGUUGCUGGUCCCUGCGGAUCCGCACGUUGAAAAGUUAGAAGCUUUUUUUAUUAAAUAGUGCUAAAAUGACUAUCAUUCCUUCAUUCUCAAUGUGUAUCGACAAUCCAAUUAGCUCCAGUUAUUUACAUAUGAAUAAGUGAAAUAAUGUUGCGCUACUCGUAUUUCUUCGACAUUUUGCAUUCAUUUUACACACAAGCGUACGAAAAUUAGAACUUGAUUGUCGAAUUUCCUUCAACCUUAUUGCCUUCAACCCUCAAUGUAAUCAUGCAAUGUAAUCCAUGGAAACCUUUAAAAUCUCUUUUUUUACCAUCAAAACAGAUUUUUGGCCAUUAAUUUCGAAAUAAAUUAUUUGAAAUAG